UUCUGUCAGGAAAUUGGGGAAAAGUUAUCAGAUAUUGGAGGAAGGCUGGAUUACCCAUAUCUCACCAAGGAACUUGCACAGGAAAUUGAAAAUCUGUGGAAGGAUCCUGCAAUUCAGGAAACAUAUGCCCGUGGUAGUGAGCUUCAAAUUCCAGAUUGUACUGAUUAUUUCAUGGAAAAUUUGGAGAGACUGUCUGAUGCAAAUUAUGUUCCAACAAAGGAGGAUGUUUUGUAUGCUAGAGUGCGUACCACUGGGGUUGUAGAGAUCCAGUUCAGCCCUGUUGGGGAAAAUAAGAAAAGCGGUGAAGUCUAUAGACUCUUUGAUGUUGGUGGCCAGAGAAAUGAGAGGAGAAAGUGGAUCCAUUUGUUUGAAGGAGUUUCAGCUGUAAUAUUCUGUGCUGCAAUUAGCGAGUAUGAUCAAACACUUUUUGAGGAUGAAAACAGAAACAGAAUGAUGGAGACUAAGGAACUUUUUGAGUGGGUCCUGAAGCAACCAUGUUUUGAGAAAACAUCCUUCAUGUUAUUUUUAAACAAGUUUGACAUAUUUGAGAAGAAGAUCUUGAAAGUCCCUCUUAGUGUAUGUGAAUGGUUCAAAGAUUACCAAUCUGUCUCAACAGGGAAACAAGAGAUCGAGCAUGCAUACGAGUUUGUAAAGAAAAAAUUUGAGGAAUCAUAUUUCCAGAACACUGCUCCUGAUCGUGUAGAUCGUGUGUUCAAGAUAUACCGGACCACUGCUCUUGAUCAGAAGCUUGUGAAGAAGACUUUCAAGCUUGUUGAUGAGACUUUGAGGCGGAGAAAUCUCUUUGAGGCUGGCUUGUUAUGAACAGUGAACCAUAUAUGUCACCAAAAGGGAUAACAAACACAAUAUUUUAACAUUGAAGAGUUGAUCAGAUUUUGGGUAUACUAGGGGUCAGGUAUACUAAAUAUUAAAAUCGAUUUGUUGAUUUGUAUUUUCAAGUUAAUCUUGUUGAAUGAAUGAAUGAGUGAGUGGAGAAAAAGGGCCUUGUAGUUGAUCUCCACAUCCUUCUUCAAAGGGCAAAAUUUGUUACUCAAGUUUCAAGAUUUGAUGAUACCAUGAUUUGUGAUCAUGUUUUUACAUAUUGAAAGAUAUAUUUCAUAUUUCUGUCA